UUGAACGUAUUCUCCAAGACACCCCGAGAUUUCCUCUCUCUCUCUCUGAUCUAUAUAUAUACGCGCUGCUUCUCUUCGCUCCUCCCCAUUUUUCUGUGGUUUUAUAGACAAGGUAUUGUUAUAAGGUCUCCUGCUACCCGAAAUCACCACGUACCCUGACCGAUUAACAUUAGAUUAAAGAUGUGUCCUUCCGAAACCGAAAGAAUACCGAGUCGGGAACCCACCACAACCACAAGGGUGCCCGAUCUCAAGCCGGUAUUUGAUGUUCUCGACAUAGACCGAGACGGAAAGAUCAGCGCCGACGACCUCCGGACAUUCUACGCGGGAUUCUCCUCCGGCGCCAAUAUCACCAGCGACGAAGACAUCGGAUCGAUGAUGUCGGUGGCGGACUUGAACAAAGACGGGUUCGUGGAGUUAGGGGAGUUUGAGCGGGUUCUGGGUGGCUUCAGGCCCGUGAAUGGAGUAAUGACCGAUGCGUUCAAGGUUAUGGACAAAGACGGGGACGGGAAGGUUGGGUUCGAUGAUUUGAGGAGUUACAUGAACUGGGCUGGAUUGUCUGUCACUGAUGAGGAUAUCCGGGCCAUGAUUAGAUUGGCAGGUACAGACGGAAAGGACGGGAUCCCUUACGAGGGUCUGCUCAAGAUAUUGGCCCUUGAUUUUGCCGGUUGAGCUUACGCUGCUAAUUGGUCGGAAGUCGGAACCGGAGGAGAUGUAACGGGCCGGCAUGACAAUGUGUGGCUCAUCUUGUAUGGAAAUUGGAAAGUUGUUAAACUUGUGGUUGCUCACCCAAGGGAAGACCUUCCUUUGUCUUGUUUUCUUAGCGUAAACCUUUACCGAAGAGCUAUCAAACAAAUAUUGUACCUUAA